AGGGUUCCAACGCAUUCCUCCAACAGUCAGCAUUAUGCACUUCCCCACUCGCUUCCUUAUCCUCGGUGCCCUCCUUGCCUUCACGAGCACGGCGGCCGCGCUUUCCAUCGAUGUCGCCCGCCGCGAGGUCAAUGUCGUUGCGCGCGAAGCGAAGGUCUUCGAGUAUAACAGAGGCACGGACGUAAUGGCUCCGCAUGACGCAGAGCUCGUUCGCCGUGCUGGCUGGACGUAUAGGAACAAUCAGUCUCUUCUCAUGGCCGUCAUCGUCAAGAAUGCUUUUGUCAUCAACGCAACUUGCGGUACCGGCAACAUAUACACCUGUGCCAUCGGCGCCGCCUACUCCUUGUUCACCUUCUUCUUCGCCGCCUACAAGUUCCAAGAUCGCGCUGACACCGUAGACGAGAGCGCCCCGUAUCUUGUCUACUCGCCCACUCCCGGCAUCCCUCGAUUGGUCGAUUUCCUGCGCACUACGCUCGAGGCUGGCCAGUGGCACUAUGUCGGGCACGUCCCGCACCAGGGCUUGAACCACACUGUGCACUACUACAAUGAUGGCAACACCCAGAGGCUCCGGUCCCGCACGGUCCCCUUCUGGAACGAGACCAGCACGCUGGACGCGCGUCAGAGCGAUCCGGACAAUGACGACGGGUGA